GGAGGGGCCCCGUUCAUUACCGCUGGGUCUCACUGUAAUACCGACGGCUUUCCGGUAGGGCCGCGGCCGAAAAAGAUGUUCCAGAGAGAUGGUCCGUGCACAUGUGUACGAAACCUCCAGGAUUUGACGUGAUUUUAACAAUAUUUCACUUUUUUUUAAUCCCUGUUUUUUAUUUUAUUUUAUUUAUUUUAUAUAAAUUAUUACGACCUGGGAACCCAGCGCGAUUUUGUAGCCGAGAGGAGAUGCGCCCACCGAAACGCGGACACAUUGUCCGGACCGGAGCGGAGGAGAGGAGCAUGUAACCGGGAGAGCCGCACCACCACCUGACACUUCUCUUCCUCUCUCCUCAUUAUUCCCCUCCACAUGAAGGGCUUCUCCGUGCGUUGACACCGUUCCCGGCACUGUUUUGGGAUAUUUAUAUGCAGCAAAAUGAGCGAAGAGUCGUCCGAUGUUCCCAAGGAGCUCCUGGAGAGUGUGAGGGAUGCAGUGGGGAGGAAAGUGAAGCUGUCACUGAGGAAAAGAGUCAAACUGGAGAUCAAAGGAGACAAGACGGAGAACAGAGUUUUGGCUCUUGCGACUCACCGCGCCUACCUCCUCACGGCACGCAUUCCAGCCAAGGUGGAGCACUCCUUUAAUUAUCUGGAGAUCCAGGGAAUUGCUUGCAGCAAGCCGACACAGCUACUGGUGGAGUAUGAGCGAGGCGCGUUCUCGUUGAAGCUGCCCUCCACGGAGGAGGUGAACGAGGUGGUCGCUCAUAUAGGAAACUGUCUGCUGAGGAUAUGUCCUGGCCUGCCACCCAGUAAAGUGAUGAAGAAGCUUUGCAUGGAGCCUCCAGACCGGCUUAGCUCCCUGCAGACUCUGUGGGAAAACAACAAGCCUGCUGAACCUGGACCCUGUGGUGGGUUCUCUCAGCUGUACAGAUGUGUGUGCGACUGGCUAGGACUACCUUACAGAGAGGAAGUGCAGUGGGAUGUUGACACCAUCUACUUGACACAAGACAGCAGAGAGCUCAACCUGCAGGACUUCAGCCAUCUUGAAAAUAGGGAUCUGGUAGCUAUAAUAGCAGUCCUGGAGUUCAACCAGUGGUUCACCAAGCUGUCCACCAAGGAUUACAAACUGCCUGCAGACGUGUGUGAGCAGAUUCUUCGGGUGGUUUCUCGAUCCAGUCGACUGGAAGAGUUGGUGUUGGACAAUGCAGGACUCAAAACAGACUUUGCCCAGAAGCUUGCUGCUGCCCUGGCCCACAACGCCAGCUCAGGACUUACUUCCAUUAAUCUUUCUAACAACCCGCUGGAGGACAGAGGUGUUUCUUCACUCGGUGCUCAGUUUGCUAAACUUCAUUUGGGGCUCAAGCAUUUAAACUUUUCCAAAACCUCACUCUCACCCAAAGGGGUGAAUAGCCUUUGCCAGUCACUGAGUGCCAACCCGUCCAUCGCCAGCAGCCUAGUCCAUCUGGACCUCUCAGGAAAUCUGCUCCGAGGAGACGACAUGCAGCACUUCUACAACUUCCUCGGUCAACCUAACAGCCUGGCCACGCUUGACCUCUCCAACACAGACUGCUCGCUGGAUCAGGUUUGCUCCGCUCUGCUGCGAGGCUCAGCUCAACACCUCUCUGUCCUCAACGUGUCAAAAAGCAUCUUCCCCCACAGGAAAGGCAAAGACGUGCCUCCAUCAUUUAAGCAUUUUUUCAGCAGUGCCGCGUCUCUCAGCUCCAUCAAUGUGUCGGGAACCAAGCUGCCACCAGAGGCUCUCAAAGCACUUCUGCUUGGCCUGGCCAGUAAUCUCAGUUUGAAGGACGUCUCACUGGAUCUCAGUUGCUGUGAGCUUCGAUCGGGUGGUUCUCAGAUCCUUGAAGGUUGUAUUGCAGAGAUCCCAAACAUUUCCAGUCUGGAUCUCUCAGAUAACGGCCUGGACUCGGAGCUGUCCACUCUUCUUGUCUGGUUAGCUAAAAACCGCUCCAUCAAACAUCUGUCCUUAGGAAAGAACUUCAACAACAUCAAGUCAAAGAACCUUGCUCCAGUACUGGACGGCCUGGUUCACAUGAUUCAGGAGGAGGAGUCGCCCCUCACGUCUCUGUCUUUAGCAGACUCCAGGCUCAAAAGUGACGUGACCAUCGUUCUCAACGCUGUCGGCAGCAACUCCACCCUCACCCGGCUGGACAUCAGCGGCAACGCCAUGGGAGACAUGGGAGCCAAGAUGCUGGCCAAGGCUUUGCAAAUCAACUCCAAACUCAGGACUGUAAUCUGGGAUAAGAACAACACCAGCCCUCAGGGUCUUCAGGAUGUAGCAGCUGCUCUAGAGAAAAACUUCACCAUUCGCUUCAUGCCCAUCCCCAUCAUCGACGCCUCCCAGGCCCUGAAAGCCAGCCCUGAGAAAACAGAGGAUGCUUUGCUAAAGAUUGAGACCUAUUUAUACAGGAACCAUGAAACUAGAAAGUACCUCCAGGAGCAGGCUUAUCGCCUUCAGCAGGGCAUCGUAACCACAACCACUCAGCAGAUGAUAGACCGGAUUUGUGUCAAAGUCCAAGACCACCUGAACUCUCUGAAGAACUCGGAGGCUGAUGCCGUCUUGGAAGAUGUCAGGUCAGCGGAAAAUCUCAUCAAAGAUGCAAGGAACUCCAAAACGCUGCUUCGUAACCUUUACCACCUUGGAUCAGCCUCCAGAGAGGAGCUGAACAGUUCACCAGCAGGUCCCAUCCAGGAGAAGCUGGAGUCCAUGGCUGGGGAGGUCACCACCGUCAUGGACCAGCAACUGCAGACUCUGUUGGAGUCCAUGAUGGAUAAUGCAGAGUCUCUGUGUCCUCACGUGAUGAAGAGGGGAAAUCUUCGUCCCGAGUUGAUGAAGGCGAGCUCAGACAAGAUGGUUGUCCCUAAAAGCUUUGUCACCCAAACCCUUCUGGAGCAGUCUGGGGUAGAUAUCAUCAACAAGAUCAGUGAGGUGAAACUGAGUCUGGCUUCCUUUCUGUCUGAUCGCAUUGUUGAUGAGAUCUUGGUGGCUCUCUCCACGUCACAGCUUACACUGGCAGACCACCUGGUGCAGCGAGGUCGUCGCUUGGUGCAGCAGGAGUCUGUGGAUCCGGACGUGCCCGAGGAGAAGAUUCCUAAACGAGCGUCGGCUGAGAUACUGGAGGCAGAAAGGCUAGAGGAUCUGGAAACGUGUAUGACUCUGUGCUGCACCAGCAUGACUCCUAAAUCCAAAAGGAAAAGCAUCCACAGCAGGAUGCUGCGACCUGUGUCUCGUGCCUUUGAGAUGGAGUUUGAUCUCGACAAGGCCCUGGAGGAUGUUCCCAUGUACAUGGAAGACGCCUCCACUUCAUCCCAGACUCCUCCCACGCCAUCUACAGGCGGGCACAGGGCGGAGCAGCGUCCGUCUGGAGCGAUCGCAGAGCUGCCAUCUGAGGAAGAGAAGAAGCUGCAGCACUUCACCAAACUACGACCUCGAAGGAACAAAAAGAUGCAUUCUAGUAAAGUAGCUCAAAUGAACAACACUCCAUCUCAAGAUGGCGGCGAACAGAAUGGCCUCAUGGGACGAGUGGAUGAAGGAGUUGAUGAAUUUUUUUCUAAGAAAGUUACCAAAAUGGAUUCAAAACGUUCCUUAAAGAGCUCAGAAUCUCAAGACGGAGAGAAGAAAAAGAGUAAAGGAGGAUUUCUGAAUCUCAUCAAGCGAUCUUCCAAAUCUGAUAAGUCAGAUAAGUCUGACAAAUCAGAUAAGUUGGAGAAAGGUCAAGCCGCUCCAACAUCCUGCGGUGCAUCCCCAGGCUCUGCAGCCUCUGCUGCAGCAUCCGCGAUCCCAGAGGAGCCCUCCUCUCCUAAGGUGGCAGUCAAGAGCCCACCCCCUGAACCAAAGUCAAGAGACUCGUCCACCCGCUCACAGCCCACAGACUACAGCAGCAGCUCGGACCGGUCCGAGGAGCUGAGGACUCCGGACUCCAUGGAUGAACCCUGGGAGGGUUCGGACGGCAGGGGGAGUCCUCAAGGCGGGAAGCGGUACACUGGGGUGCAGAUGAUGGGAAGUGGCCUCCUGGCCGAGAUGAAGGCUAAACAUGAGAGGAGAGCAUACAAGUCUUCCAGCCCUGACAGGCCAGACAGCAAUGCAGCAGCCAAGUCCCCAUCCACAACUACUGAGGGCAAGUCUCCCACGUGUUCCCUUAACAAACCAAACGCUGCUCCUUCAGAAAAGACCUCAGCCCGUGGAGAGGCUAAGCCUGAGCCGGCCACUCGUCUCAGAGCCACAUCUUCCUCAGCUUCCCCUGCAGGACCAGUAAACCCUAAACCACCAGUGCCACAAGGGGCAAAGCCUGCCCUGGCUGCUCGGCCCACCAUCCCCCAGAAGCCGAGGACCAGCAGCAGCAGCAGGAGCAUAGAUGAGAGUCCAGCUUCCCCCAGCAGUGGCCAUGCGUCCCCCAAAGUCCUCCCCUCCACCCUAAAGAGGGGGUUGUCAGAGAAAGACAAGGAGUCCAGUCUGCAGACAGGAGUUUCCCCCAACAAAACCACUCAGGAAGUGAAGUCAGCAUCAGACGCUGCUCAGAAAUCCAGCCCUCACAGCACCAACUCCGACGACCCAGGCUCCUUUAAAGCCAAGGACAAAUGUCCAAACCCAGACAAGAGCAAGGCGACCAGCAAGAAGUCCUCAGACUCAGGGGAAGAGGCGGACAAGGACUUUAUAUUAAUAUGAGCCAUUCACCACGUCUCAGGCUACCUUUUAGAAGACUAACUCCAAGGAAGCAAAUCGCCCAUGGUUUAUUUUUUACAGUAAGAUGCAAACCUGCAGUUCCUGUUUGACCACAACGUACAAAUCGGUUUGGCAGGCAUGAGUUCUGCUCCGGAAGAAGAAAGUUUAAAGCUUGUAAUGUGGGACAGACUGCAGUGUGCCUCCAAGGCAAAAACCAAAACUGUGCUUAAUCUGACGAGAGCUUCCUUGACCCAGACAGUGAUUUCACCACAUGGUUAGUCCACCUUGCUCAUCCUCACCUUUCUUACUAACUCUUCACGGUCUGAGAAGAUGAGUCCACCUCCCAUAGACCGUAAAUAAUAAAUCAUGAAGCAAAGUCAAGAUUUGAACAUUUCUAAAAAAUAAAUAAAUCAAUAAAGCAAGGUGCUUUGAGAGACUUUGAUUACAACUAACAAUCUACUGGUUUUUUUUUUUCCUGCUUGCUGCCGUCGCUCGACACCCAGGGACCAAACGCAACAAUAACCGCCAUACCAGGAUCACUGUACUUGAAGCCAAAUCACAUUAGCAAACAAGGAUCGUUUCGGAUCUCUGAUAUAUUUUUGAUGGAUUUUUUAAACAAAUCUCUUUUCAGUAUGUGCAAGUUAAUAUGUGACUGGAAAUGUUAUGCAAUUUUUUUUUUUUUUUAGAUUUACGGGAACAAGCAGGUUUCAGCUGAGUGUCUUAAGCAGAGACACAAAUCAGAGAGGUUGUGUGGUUUCCUUUUUUUAGGUGGAACAGCUACAGGCCGACGUACAAUGAGCAGCGCUGAGUUAUUCUGCGUGUGAACGCUGGAGUGGCCAUAUGACGUGUUGUUGCUUUGAGAGGACUGGGGGUGGACUGUGACUUUAAGGCUAAUCAGUAUGGCUUCAGCACUGUUAAAUAACUGCACCUCUAUAUAUUCAAACACUGUGGACAACAGGAUUAUUUGUUUCUCUUUCUCUGGGAGGGGAGCUUAGGAAAUAAAAGAAAAGUGCAAUAGAGCAUUAUGUAGGGUCAUUUCUGGAGCAUAUCUUUAGUGUAAUUUCUUAAAGCAAGUUUUGAACUGUUCUACUGUUAUUUUUGCUAACAAAUAACAUUGAGACUUUGAAUCGCUCCUAAAAAGACACGGAUUGUCUGCUUCCAGAAAUAAAACACUAAAUCUGGUCAUUAGGAUUUCGCUAGUGUCCGACAUGUCCGGUGACGGCAAGGAACUUAAUGUGAAACAGGACUGUUGUAUAAAGAAAUCGUGUUUAAGACCGUUUCAGUGGGUUCUUUGGGGGGAAAAAGCAAAACACUGAAGGAACUCCAGCCUUCAUAGACUCCCGCAGCAGUUUCUUUUUAAUCUGCCUCAUUUUGCGUCGUUCGUUAGAAACUUGUAAAAUUUCCUAAUUCUUAUGCCUAAGAAAUAAGAAAUAAAUGCACAGCAAAAGGCGGCAAUCACACUGCUUGUUUGAAAAAGCGAUAAUGAUGCACUGUGUGGAGUGAAAGUGAACUGUGGGUAGGUGACGACAACAUUCUUUUGUUUUUUGUUUUUCUUCGCCAAGAGCUGAAAAUGUCCGUUUCACACUGCUGGCGGAGUUGGGCUAAUUCUGAAAUUUCAUUUGCGAAUGAAAAAAAACACAACUAAUGUAAAUGACUGAUAAUUAACAGUAAACAGUUUACAACGUAUUUGAUUGUUUUUUUUCUGUUUUGUGAUUAUUUUAAUUAUUUUCUGCAGAAUCUGUGUCAUGUUGGAGUAAUUUCUGUGACUAUAGUAAAGAACUAAAAAUGCAUCGGUGUUGCUGGGUGAAAGCAUAGGCUGAUGAACUAUGAUGGCAGAUUUCCUGGGAUUUCUGGUAUUUUUGGCAUCUGCAGCUGUUAACUUCCACAUCCCGCCACUGUGUGGAUGCCGUUGUGCUCGGCCUUUUGUGCAGGGCUCCUACAGAGUCUUAAAUCGGGUUAAAAAAAAAAAUUUAAUCUUUGCAAAUUUGGGUAAGUAGGGGAAAAAAAGAAAACUGAGCAAAGAACACGUUUGACUAACCAGGGUUUAUUUCUUGUUCCAUAAUCUAAAAAACAAAAUGCUAAUUUUCAGAAAACAUCAGGAGCUUUGGUUUAUUCAUAUCUGCAAUUCUUUACCUUUGAUUUACCAAAUACAAACUUAAGCUUUAGCUCAAGGCAUUGAUUGUUUUACUGUGUUUUACAGACAGAACCCUGAGAAAAAAACGAUUUUUGGCUCCCAUUUUGGUUUUUUAACUGGUGCCAUUAGCGAGAUUUAACUCGCUAAUGGCACACCAGAUCUAGACUUGAACCAGGAUCUAGACCCUAAUUUGUUAUCAUGAAUUUUGCUUUGAAUUACCUUUUUAAUCAGUAAUAUUCUGGUCUGGAUUUUGACGAGUCUCCAUUGUUUUGAUUUAGAAAGAGAUGACGCUAAGCGGUUGAGACACUUUAAGACUUUUGUAGAGGCCCUGUACAUACUACAAACCUUUGUGAGAGCUUGAUGAUUUUUUUUUUAACUAUGUGAUGCAACAUCAACAAAAACUGUGCAUUAAGUGUUGGAUUUUUGCGUGCUUGUACCUUAAAAAGAGCCAGACUGAAGUCGGGGCCCGGAGCUCCGACUGGUGCACCUUUCCCACAAUGUGGAGUCUGUUGAUGUCUUUCUCUGGCGUUACGGUGGGACUGUCCUUCCUCGUCGCUCGUCACGGUUUACAGAUAACACUGUAUUUGUUGUAUAUAGUCAAUCUGUCCUGGAUGUAUACGACUACAGAAUCAUCAUCUUUUUUUGUUUUACUUUUUUUUUUUUUGUCUCCGGAGUGUACCGGGGAGCUAAAAAUGACAGGAUGCUUCCACGUUGCAUGUUGUUUAAAUUAAAUACACUCUCAUGUGGCUGUGUUAAGUUACUCUUUCCCAUCUUCUCAGUUCAGCAGCAGCACAACGCCGCAGAGCUUCUGUUUAUAAAAGACGAAAAAAACAAGUUGAAAGUAACUCCGCAUCAUGGGCGUCUGUUUCUUUUCGUUGACGUUGAGUGUACAGACACGCCAGUGCUCGGUAGCAUUCAGUGUAGACGUGUGAGUCUGUGUGUUACUGCAUGAUGUGGCUUCUGGAUGUAAUCGUGUGCUUUCUGACAUACGGGCCCGUGUGUUUAGAAAUGUGGAGCACAAGCAGAAUGCAAAAUAGUCACACCCCUGUGUAAAAAACAUGAAAUCCUCUGUUGUUUUGGUACUAAGUACACUACUACACUAGGGAUCUGUUUGUAACUUAUUUGAAAUAAAAUAAAGCAACUAAUGGCUGAUGUUCGUUGUUGGUUUUAAUGUUGGUCACUUUGAACGCAUUUUUUUUUUUUUUUUUUUUUUU